AAGCUGGCGCAGUUGAGGCUGCGUCUGCGCAAUGUGUGGCCUCCAGUCAGUGCGCGUGGCCGCAGCAGGGGCUCGGCGCCGGGGUCUGGCGGGGCAGCGGUAGUCCCACCAUCGCUCAGGAUGCCCGAGAUCAGGGUCACGCCCCUGGGAGCCGGCCAGGAUGUGGGCCGAAGCUGCAUCCUGGUCUCCAUCGGGGGCAAGAACGUCAUGCUGGACUGCGGGAUGCACAUGGGCUUCAGCGACGACAGGCGCUUCCCUGACUUUUCGUACAUCACCCGCCACGGCCGGCUGACCGACUUCCUGGACUGUGUGAUCAUCAGCCACUUCCACCUGGACCACUGCGGGGCGCUCCCCUACUUCAGCGAGAUGGUGGGCUACGACGGGCCCAUCUAUAUGACGCAGCCCACGCAGGCCAUCUGCCCCAUCCUGCUGGAGGACUACCGCAAGAUCGCCGUGGACAAGAAGGGCGAGGCCAACUUCUUCACGUCCCAGAUGAUCAAGGACUGCAUGAAGAAGGCGGUGGCCGUCCACCUCCACCAGACAGUGCAGGUGGAUGAUGAGCUGGAGAUCAAGGCUUACUACGCGGGCCACGUGCUGGGCGCAGCCAUGUUCCAGAUUAAAGUGGGCUCGGAGUCUGUGGUCUACACGGGUGAUUAUAAUAUGACCCCGGACCGGCAUUUGGGAGCCGCCUGGAUUGACAAGUGCCGCCCCAACUUGCUGAUCACAGAAUCCACGUACGCCACGACCAUCCGCGACUCCAAGCGCUGCCGGGAGCGAGACUUCCUGAAGAAGGUCCACGAGACGGUGGAGCGUGGCGGGAAGGUGCUAAUCCCCGUGUUUGCGCUGGGCCGUGCUCAGGAGCUGUGCAUCCUGCUGGAGACCUUCUGGGAGCGCAUGGACCUGAAGGCCCCCAUCUACUUCUCCACGGGCCUGACAGAGAAGGCCAACCACUACUACAAGCUCUUCAUCCCCUGGACCAACCAGAAGAUCCGCAAGACCUUCGUGCAGAGGAACAUGUUCGAGUUCAAGCACAUCAAGGCCUUUGACCGGGCGUUCGCUGACAGCCCGGGGCCCAUGGUUGUCUUUGCCACCCCAGGAAUGCUGCACGCUGGCCAGUCGCUCCAGAUCUUCCGCAAGUGGGCAGGGAAUGAGAAGAACAUGGUCAUCAUGCCUGGCUACUGCGUGCAGGGCACUGUGGGCCACAAGAUCCUCAGCGGGCAGCGCAAGCUAGAGCUGGAGGGGCGGCAGGUGCUGGAGGUCAAGAUGCAGGUGGAGUACAUGUCCUUCAGUGCCCACGCGGACGCCAAGGGCAUCAUGCAGCUGGUGGGCCAGGCGGAGCCAGAGAACGUGCUGCUGGUGCAUGGAGAGGCCAAGAAGAUGGAGUUUCUGAAGCAGAAGAUUGAGCAGGAAUUCCGACUCAGCUGCUACAUGCCAGCCAAUGGCGAGACGGUGACACUGCCCACAAGCCCCAGCAUCCCAGUGGGCAUCUCGCUGGGGCUGCUGAAGAGGGAGAUGGCUCAGGGACUGCUCCCCGAUGCCAAGAAGGCCCGGCUCCUGCACGGCACCCUCAUCAUGAAGGACAGCACCUUCCGGCUCGUGUCCUCAGAGCAGGCCCUCAAGGAGCUGGGCCUGGCCGAGCACCAGCUGCGCUUCACCUGCCGCGUGCACCUGCACGACCCACGGAAGGAGCAGGAGAUGGCCAUGCGCGUGUACAGCCAUCUGAAGAGCCUCCUCAAGGACCACUGCGUGCAGCACCUCCCUGACGGCUCCGUGACCGUGGAGUCCAUCCUCAUCCAGGCUGCUGCCCACUCUGAGGACCCAGGCACCAAGGUGCUACUGGUCUCCUGGACCUACCAGGACGAAGAGCUGGGAAGCUACCUCACAUCUCUGCUCAAGAAGGGCCUGCCCCAGGCCCCCUGAGGCCCUGCUACCAGCCAGAGCCUCCUGGCUUCAGCUCCAGGACUGUGUCAGCACCUCGGGUCUUCACUGUGUCCUCCACGGCCAGCCACGCCCUUCCCCUGUGGGGAGCCCCGGCACCAGGCACCUGCCCGGCUGGCUGCUUUAGCUGAAGGAGUAGCCAGGGCUCGGGGCUCUUCACCUUUUAUUUUUACUCCUGGACUGACCCCAGGACAUGGGCAAGGUGCCAGGGUAAGGAUCUCCAGUAAAACUGCCACAGGCCGUC